AUCAAACCUCAACCUGUUGAAGAUGCUUCUGGAUAUUGAUUUGAAUGCUCCCUAUGAAAAUUCUCAUUCUCUUCAAACUGUAACACCUGUCAUCAACGGUAACAAACCACUUCCUAACCAUGAAACACAACAUGGUUCAAACAAUCAAGUGCAUGCAAAAUUUCCAACCUUUCCUUUGGAUAUUGAUCUCAACAUCCCUUACAAUGAAGCAUCCAUGGUGGAUUCCAAGGAAGAUGCAACCCAACAUGAUUCAAACCAUGGAGGAAAUAAAGAAGAAUUAUUGACAAAAGUAACAGAUUUUGAUCUCAACAUUCCAUACAUUGAUUCCACUGUGAAUGACAACGAAGCAUCCAACAAAGGACUGAUCAAUGGUGGAACCCAACAUGUCUCAAACAAUGGAGCCAAUGAAGAAGAUAGAGACAAAUUCAUUCAAGGACGUGCAAACCUGUCAUUCAUGCCUAUAGACAUUGAUCUGAACACCUCAUAUGUUGAUAAUGAAGCCUCAGUGAUGGACGAGUGAGUGAUGUGUUACUCAUGAACAUGAAUGUGUAUGAAGAUGUCUCUAGAAUUCAGUUUGAAGAUUUUGUUUUGUUUUUUUUUUUACAAUAAGAUGAGACAACAACAUGCAUGUCUAGAUGAAGUUGACACCUUGAUUAAUUUAUGUGUGAA